UACAUGUUGUAAAUAUUCGCGCUUACAUAGAACGUUGUUUCAUCGAUUGGUACCUAUUUUAUUUUGUAUUUUCUAGUCGUCGCGUGAGUGACAUCUUAUGAAUUUCGGCAUUUGUUUACUACCACUAUAUCUGCUAAAGAAAAAAAAGCAGAUUUGGGCGACGUGGCAAUAUCUUAAACGAGGAUUUAAAAUUCGAACGAAGAGUGUCAAUCGACAUUAGUUGUCAGAUCUGAGCGGUCCAUCACAUCAUUUUCAAAGCAAACUCAUUUCGAUAACAAAAAUCAAUUCAAAGAUAAUGUAGAAAUAGUGCAUUGAGUGCAAGAAAGUUUUCAUGUGGCCCGUGUAAAAACUAGACAGCCAUGCUGUCGUAUAUGGUGCCUGUAGAAGAGAAGCCUCCUCCAGUGCCGGGGAAGGGCAGACUGGCCUUGGAGCUGGUCGGAAGCCCGGGCAGCCCCGAGGCCCCGGUGAGGAGAGCCCGAACGAACAUCUCCAAGGAAUCCUCGACGAGCUCCUUCGCCAGCGAUCUCACGAUAUCCUCCUCCACUCCUACUGGAGCGCUAGACAAGCCCAAACACAAGUUGCUGAGCAACGGAUCGAAACACACAACACUGAAAAGGGUAUCGUUCGGCAGCUCAAAGGGCUCCAUGGUGGAAACGCUGAUCUACGAGAGCCCCUUGCAAGAGGAGCCCGAGAGCCCCCCGGCCCAGCUACACGAGACAUCUUUCCCGUACACGCCGGUUGAAGACGAUUCAGAGCGCUCCAAAGUCCGCGUGUCCUUCUACCAAGGGGCGAGGCCGCAGUGCCUGUCUCCGCCGCCCGCGGCGCCGCUGUUGGAAUCCCACGAUUUCUACGCAGCCCUACUCUCGGCUGCCACCAAACAAGACAUGACUGACCACGUCAUGUAUAACAGACAAAUCAGCACGGAAAGCGGAUGGGACAACCCGUUCCGUCCUGACGGCGACCUGAGUCGCGAAGCGGACGAGAUCGUCUCUCUAAUCAAAGGCGGCAAGCCCAUCACACCUACUCCCCCCGCGGCCACCCCGCAGCUGCCUAUCAGCGAAGAGGCAGAGGAGAAGACCCAUGCGAAUAAUGUUAACGCAGCUCCACCCUCCCCGCAAACGAAGGUAGCGAGUGCCCCGCAGAGCACCCCGAAGGCAAUGAACGGCACCAAGAACGGGGGCGCCGUGGCAGACUUGAGCCCGGGGCAAGUGGAAGUGCAGCGCUCGCUGCCGCAGGAGCCGCAGCAGCCGGAACACGUGACCAUUAAGAAGAAGCCCAAGUGCAAAUGCUGCGUCAUACAGUAACCACUCCGACGGUACCACCGGUAACACUCACGCUUCUUCAACCAUUUCCCCCCACUUUGGUGUUUACUCGGUGCUAUUUCGUUUCAAGCUUUCUUUAAAUCUGGAAGCCUUGUGUUCAUACAAGUUUGGCCCAGACUCGCUUUGUUGGAAUUUUCAACUAUAUGGCAGUUUUCUUUACCUGUUAUUAUAUAAGAUCGUUUUUUGAUUAUUUUAUGUGUUAGGUUUUAUUGAACUCUUAUAGGGUACAAACUUAAAGAGUAUUUAUGUUUAGCUAGUCUGAAGGAAGAUUACGUUUUGGACGGGUUAGUAUUCCACGAAAUACGAGCAUUUCGGAUAGGGCGAGCAUUUUGCAUGUGAUGUUUUAAUAAAAUAUUUCUUAAACAUUCAGUGUGAAUAGAAUCUCAGCUAGUUCCAUCAAACACGCAGAACUGUGCACUAUUUAUCGAUGGAGGGAAGUUUUACUACUUAGUUAUAUCAAAUUUUACAAUUAUUGUGACUAAAAAUAAUUACAAUUCUGCUCAUGUUUUAUUCAAUCGGCGAUAUUAGUGACAUAUAUUUGAAAUCAUAGUAAUUUAUUAUGAAACAGUUGAUUUUACAGUUGACUGUGUUGCAUAAUAUUUAAUGGUACGUAAUUAAAAUGUAUAUUUUUAUAUGUUUAUUUAUAUAGAAAGAAAUAUUAUAAAUCCUACAGAAUUGCUGUCAGAUUUGAGAAAUAUAUGGAGCUCCUGUUUUAAUUUAAAUUCAAUACUUGGACGUUAGCAGUCGGCAAUAUUACAUUUAACUUAGCUCUUUAUACAUGUCGUAUUAGAACUUAAGCAUAUUAGGAUGUAUGUAUUUAACUGCGCUGAUUUUUAUUUUUUUAUAUAUCCAAUACCACUCCACAUGCUAAAAUAAUAGAAACACGAAUUAAUGUUACUAAUGUUGUUAGUUACUCGUAGCUCCCUACAUGUUCCCUACACGCUUGCGUCCAGUAGUAGGUACGCACAGAUUUGAGAUUUAUCUAUUUUAUAAUGUCACUUACCAAUUGGCGCCAUUUUUAAUUGCGCCUAUUUUACUUUUUAUAUUAUAAGACUGUUUUUCGUUUGAUUUAUGACUAGUAAGUUAUGGGUUAGAAAAUGUUAUAGUAUCGCGGGUAAUUGGUCAGUGACAGUAUAAUUAUUAGUUUUGAAUACUACAGCGCGGAAUAUUGCUUACUUUAAGUAUCAGAUGCAGCAAGUAUAUAAAUCUGUGUUAACAAUGGGACUUCAAUUUCCUAUAUGUAAGAAAUAGUUAUCAAAUAAAAUUAUAAGAUUUCCAA